AUGAACUCGCAAGUCCACGGAGAUCCCCACGAGCCGGUCAAGGUUGCUGUGGUCCAAGCCGAACCAUGCUGGUUCGAUGUUGAAGCUGCAACUCAAAAGACAUGCGACCUGAUCGCUGAAGCUGGCGCUAACAGCGCAAAGCUCAUUGCCUUCCCUGAGCUAUGGAUCCCUGGCUACCCCAACUUCAUACACGCCAUGGCUGCGAAGGAGACCUUCCCGUACAUUAUCAAAUACUACCGCAAUUCCAUCGACAUCGAGUCCAAGCACAUGGAGUCAAUCCGUCUGGCAGCCAAGAACGCUCAGAUUAUGUGUGUGUUGGGGAUUUCGGAGCGCCACCGUGGAAGCUUGUACAUGGCGCAGACUUUCAUUGGCCCACAUGGAGACAUUCUCCUGCAUCGAAGGAAGUUCAAGCCUACAGCACAGGAGAGAAUCCUUUUUGGCGACGCAUCUGGAGACUGCAUCACGAACGUCGUUUCCACACCUAUCGGCCGUGUUGGUGGACUGCAGUGCUUCGAGCACCUGCAACCCCUCUUGAAAUACAACACGUACUUCCAGGGAGAGCAGAUCCAUGUCGCAUCUUGGCCAAAUCUCUUUCCGCCUGUCGGCAAGAUGCCCUUCUUCAACACUGUCGAAUCUUGCACCAUGGCUACGCAUACCAUGGCCGUCGAAGGCGCUACUUUUGUUCUUCUGGCAUCUUCAACUCAGACAGAAAAGGGGCUUACCGAAGAGAGACCUCACACCGCAGUCAUUGGAGGAGGCUUCUCUGAGAUUAUUGCACCGGACGGUCGCACCCUCGUCAAGGCCCCUAGUGCAACCUUCGAGGGCCUUCUUUACGGCGAGUUGGACUUUGAUGAGAUUUACAUGGCCAAGAGUAUUGUCGACACCGUGGGUCAUUACUCUCGGCCAGACAUUUUUACCCUGCAAGUAAGGGGUGAUGUCCGGCGCCAGUGCGAGUACGCUGAGCCUGGCGAAUUCAACCAUACCUCACGGUUCCCGGAAUUACCUACUCACCAAGGACCUCAAGAGAGGACCGGAUCCAGCAUCGCAACAUCAAUGAAGGCUGGAGUGUCUUCUUUGAAAGGGGUUUCGAAUCACAAGAAAGAUACUGUUGAUGGAAUCGUUAGUGGAAAGCGAUGCGAUUGA